AUACCAAAUGAUGACAUGUGAAAGAAUUCACAAUGAAGAAUAAAGGGUCAUCUUCUCUUCAAGAAUCUUUCUUUAUCUUUUCCUUAUUAAGUUACUAUGGCCUCCCUUUAAGACCAUUCAAAGCAAAAGUGAAGAAAAAUGGUUGAAAUGCUUUCUUUGUACAUUCAUUCAUAUAUUUACUAAGUGACAACAAUAGUGAAGUGUCUUGUUUCUGAUUUUUUGUCCUUUGAAUUGUGUUUUUAAUUCAACCCGUGACAUCAAUUUGACUUGAUGUGUGUAGAGAGAAAGAAAGCUGACACAUGAGAAAAAUUUGGAAAAUUUUGUUGUUGAUGAGUUUUUGAAUGUAUUGUAGCAACAAAGUUUUUGAGGGCUUAUGGAGAAGUUACCAAGCUUCAAUGUUUGAGAAGAUUGUGAUCUAAAUCAUACCACUUUCUAUUGCAUGCAUUAACUUACCAAUGGAAAAUAAGCUUCAUCCAAAAGUGCUUCUAGUUUUGUUGACACUUUUUCUAUCAACCUCUGACACAAACCAACUUCAAUCCUCUUCACACACUCACACCCUUCUAAGACUCAAACGUUUAUUAAACUUUCCUUCAAUCUUAAGCACAUGGAAUUCCAAUACAGAUUUUUGCAACACAGAUUCAAAAGCUUCUCUCAAUGUUGUAUGCUAUGAAAACAACAUAACUCAACUACACAUAGUUGGUGAAACAACAAAACCACAAAUUCUUCCAAAAAACUUUUCAAUAGAUUCAUUUUUCACAACCCUUUUAAGGCUUCCAAGUUUGAAAGUCCUCACACUAGUUUCCCUUGGCUUGUGGGGUCCACUACCUAGCAAAAUUUCUAGUUUGUCAUCACUAGAAAUAGUUAACAUUAGUUCAAAUUUUCUAUAUGGUUCCAUUCCUCAAGAACUUCCAUUGCUUUCACAUCUUCAAGCAUUCAUUCUUGAUGACAAUAUCCUCGAAGGCAAGUUAUCUGAUUGGUUUGAUUCGUUUCCGUCUUUAACUGUUUUGAGUUUGAAGCGAAAUUUAUUCAACGGUUCCCUUCCUGAUUCAUUAACUAGUUUGGAGAAUCUGCGAGUUCUUUCGCUUUCCGGUAACCAUUUUAAUGGAUCGGUACCAGAUUUAAGCCGGUUGACUAAUCUUCAAGUGUUGGAAUUGGAUGAUAAUUAUUUUGGACCAAACUUUCCUAGAAUUGGUAAAAAAUUGGUUACUUUAGUCCUAAGAAACAACAAGUUUAGGUCUAGUAUACCUAAUGAUUUGAGUUCAUGUUAUCAACUCGAGAGAUUCGAUAUAUCGGAUAACACGUUCGUUGGACCGAUACAAUUAGCAUCAUUAUUUUCAAUUCCUUCAAUUACUUAUCUCAACAUUUCAAGAAACAAAUUAUCAGGAAUGAUUUUUGAGAACAUGACAUGUAAUUUUGGACUAGAAGCUGUUGAUUUGUCUUCAAAUCUUUUGACAGGAAACUUACCAAAAUGUUUAGUUUCAAAUUCCAAUGAUAGGAAAUUCUUGUAUGAUGGAAAUUGUUUAGAGGAUCAAAAUCAACAUAAACAAUCCUUUUGUCACACUGAAGCAUUAGCUGUUGGAAUAGUGCCUAAUGAGAGAAAGAAGAACAAAGGACUUUCUAAACAAGUUCUUUGGUUUGGAAUAGUUGGUGGAACUUUUGGAGGAUUUGUGGUUUUGGCAUUGAUUUUUAGUGUUAUUAGAAGAGUAAAUGGAAAAGGCAUGAUGAUGAUGAAUUCUGAAACAAAGUUAAUAUCAGAAAAUGUAGCUUCUUCUGGAUACACUUCUAAGUUAAUCUCUGAUGCAAGGUAUGUAUCUAAACCAAUGAAGUUUGGAAGUGUUGGCCUGCCACCUUAUAGAGCUUUCUCACUGGAAGAGAUUUUGGCUGCUACUAACAACUUUGACACCACUUCUUUUAUGGGUGAAGGUUCUCAAGGGCAGAUGAACAGAGGUCAACUAAAGGAUGGUUCACUUGUUGCCAUUAGAAGUAUAAAAUUGACCAAAAACUACAGGAAUCAAGAUUUCAUGCAGCACAUAGAAUUGAUAUCAAAAUUCAGGCAUCAUCAUUUAGUCAGUGUUCUUGGACAUUGCUAUGAACAUUAUCUAGAUGAUUCAAAUGUUAGAAGAAUAUUUAUUGUGUUUGAGUAUGUACCUAAUGGAUCACUCAAGAGUUGGAUCUCAGAUAGACAUUAUAGAAAGUGUCUUAAUUGGACUCAACGCAUAGCAGCUGCUAAUGGAGUGGCAAAGGGAAUCCAAUUUUUGCAUACAGGGAUUGUUCCUUGUGUAUAUUCAAACAAUCUCAAAAUUACAGAUGUUUUAUUGGACCAGAAUUUUGUUGCAAAAAUCAGUAGUUAUAAUAUGCCUAUGCUAUCCAACAUGGGAAAGGUUGGGCAAGUAAACCCUUCAAAUCUAUUCAAAAGUCCUAGCUUUAACAAAAGUAUAAAAAGUGAAGACAAAUCUGAUAUACAUGACUUUGGGGUGAUACUGAUGGAACUCAUUCUAGGAAGGACAAUCAAGUCAAGGAAUGUUGACACUUUGAAAAAUCUGUUGCAAUCAAGCAUAACAGCAGAUGAUGAAGCUAGGAAGAGCAUCAUUGAUCCAUCGAUUCGCGAUGCGUGUUUGGAUCAAUCAUUGAAGACAAUGAUGGAGAUUUGUGUGAGGUGUUUAGUUAAAGAGCAAGAAGAUAGGCCUUCAAUAGAUGAUGUUUUGUGGAAUUUGCAAUUUGCUUCUCAAGUUCAAGAUGCAUGGAGAGGUGACUCUCAAAGUAGUGAUAGCUCUCCGAUUUCGCCUUUACCGUCUCGAAGAAUGAACUUUCAUUAGUAUCGAUGUCGCAGUUGGAAUUGCGGUAACUCUUUCAAGUCCAAUGUUGGUGAACUAAGCUGAGUUUGAAACCAACAGGGUCUAGUCUAGCGCAAAUAGUUGGUGCAUGAUGUGUAUAAGUGCUAUGAACUUCAAUGUACCAAAUUUGAUUUCUACUUGUAAAAAAAGCAUUAGAAAGAUUGGUGGAAGUUUUCCAAACAUGCACAUAGAUGUUUUCAAUUUAAUUUUGUGGUGAUAUACUUUUUACUA